AACGCUGCACAGUGCCGGGGUGGAGCGGGGUACCCAGGCUUCCCAGCGCAAUCACUGGGACCCUUCCACACCCGACAGAGACCCCUCAGCUACUAGGACCCAGACCAGCACCCACAGGAAGAGGAGGCAUCUCUGAGGGGUUCAGCUCUGCACAGUGCCGGGGUGGAGUGUGGUUUAAUAUAGAGACUUCAUUAGUGAUCUGAAUACAGUGUCAGUGUGCAGUGUGGUUUAAUAUAGAGACUUCAUUAGUGAUCUGAAUACAGUGUCAGUGUGCAGUGUGGUUUAAUAUAGAGACUUCAUUAGUGAUCUGAAUACAGUGUGCAGUGUGCAGUGUGGUUUAAUAUAGAGACUUCAUUAGUGAUCUGAAUACAGUGUCAGUGUGCAGUGUGGUUUAAUAUAGAGACUUCAUUAGUGAUCUGAAUACAGUGUGCAGUGUGCAGUGUGGUUUAAUAUAGAGACUUCAUUAGUGAUCUGAAUACAGUGUGCAGUUUCUCCUGUUUCUCUGCCUCCCCUCGCUUCUCUCACUGCAUUUCCAGGCACUCUAGGAUUCAGCUUGUUGAUUGAGUUUGAAGUGUCUGGCUGCCCGCAUUGAAAUGAGUCUCAAUCUCCCCGGGGCUUAUCACACAGCACAGAGACAGGAGAGUGAAUAUACAGGAGUGAGGCACUGAAUAUACAGGAGUGAGGCACUGAAUACACAGGAGUGAGUGAGGCACUGAAUACACAGGAGUGAGUGAGGCACUGAAUAUACAGGAGUGAGGCACUGAAUACACAGGAGUGAGUGAGGCACUGAAUACACAGGAGUGAGGCACUGAAUACACAGGAGUGAGUGAGGCACUGAAUACACAGGAGUGAGGCACUGAAUACACAGGAGUGAGUGAGGCACUGAAUACACAGGAGUGAGGCACUGAAUAUACAGGAGUGAGUGAGGCACUGAAUACACAGGAGUGAGUGAGGCACUGAAUACACAGGAGUGAGUGAGGCACUGAAUACACAGGAGUGAGUGAGGCACUGAAUACACAGGAGUGAGGCACUGAAUAUACAGGAGUGAGUGAGGCACUGAAUACACAGGAGUGAGGCACUGAAUAUACAGGAGUGUAGUGAGGAGGGGGGUGUCCAUGCUGUGCAGAGUGAGAGUACACAUACAGCAGUGUAGAGUGUUGCUUUCACAGGCUGUGAUUGGAGGAAAGGUUGUGGGGGCGGGACCUCUACAGCUAUGCAAGGAAGGGCAUUGGCUGCUUGGCUUCUGCUGUUUGAGAAUACAGGCCAUUCACAAUGAAGCCAAACAAGUUACAUGACAAAGUCCUUCAGAAGAGAAUCUUGUAACAAUACAGACGAUCCUCAAUAAUGAAAAGGCAGACGAGUCGUUAUCUAAAGAAUUCAUACCACAGUGCUAAAGUACUGAAACGAGCAGACACGCACGCACACACACAGAUACACACACACACACUCACGCACACACGCAGGCACACACACAGAUACACAGACACACACACUGACACACUCACACAGACACACACAGAUACACACACGCACACACUCACACACACACAAACACACUGACACAGACACACUCACAUGUAUCCCUGGGAGAGCAGUGCUGUGGGAAGUUAGCUGGGAUCAGGGUGGGGCGCUGAGUUUAUUGAACUCUUUCCCAGAGUAGGCAGUUCGUCCUGUUCUGCAGUGAAAUGAACGUUUGUAAAUAACUGCAGUCUCGGGAUGUGUCUCUGCACGUCGAACACACUCCGCCUGCUCUCUGCUAUCCCACUGCAGCUGCAAAACAGGAACAUGGGUCCGGGCAAACACUAAGAGAUUCAUAGAGUCUGCAUGCCCUGUAGCAAACACUAAGAGAUUCAUAGAGUCUGCAUGCCCUGUAGCAAACACUAAGAGAUUCAUAGAGUCUGCAUGCCCUGUAGCAAACACUAAGAGAUUCAUAGAGUCUGCAUGUCCUGUAGCAAACACUAAGAGAUUCAUAGAGUCUGCAUGUCCUGUAGCAAACACUAAGAGAUUCAUAGAGUCUGCAUGUCCUGUAGCAAACACUAAGAGAUUCAUAGAGUCUGCAUGUCCUGUAGCAAACACUAAGAGAUUCAUAGAGUCUGCAUGUCCUGUAGCAAACACUAAGAGAUUCAUAGAGUCUGCAUGUCCUGUAGCAAACACUAAGAGAUUCAUAGAGUCUGCAUGUCCUGUAGCAAACACUAAGAGAUUCAUAGAGUCUGCAUGCCCUGUAGCAAACACUAAGAGAUUCAUAGAGUCUGCAUGUCCUGUAGCAAACACUAAGAGAUUCAUAGAGUCUGCAUGUCCUGUAGCAAACACUAAGAGAUUCAUAGAGUCUGCAUGCCCUGUAGCAAACACUAACAUGAGUAAAUGCUGUAGUGUAACCAUGGGAAAGCAUGAGGGAACUACAACAUGAGUAAAUGCUGUAGUGUAACCAUGGGAAAGCAUGGGGGAACUGCAACAUCACUGCGUCGUUUUUGGUGAGUGCAGGUGUGGAGAGGCCAGCACAGCACAGCCUGGUGCACAAUGUUGGGGUGCAUCUCUGAUCAGGGGUCCCACGGGAAUGGUCUGCAUUGUGAAACCAGCAAUAAGAAUACUACUACGACGACUACUAGUAAUAAUAAUAAUAAUAAUAAUAAUAGUAAUUGACUGUAGCCUUUUUUUUCGAGUUCAGUUUAAUCCUUAGACAGGAAAAGCAAACAGAACGCUUUCAUUUCUUGACUCAGGCAUUGACAGAGUGGGAUCUACAGCUCGGCUCCUCUGACACUACACUGAGUGUACUACUCACUGUCUCUCUGCCCUGUGUACCCGCAUUACUAACCGCCUCUUCCAGUAAUGAUUUCGUGUCCCAGUGUUACAGAAUAUCAUCAUGGCCACUCUAACCUUCCAGGCUGUCUUGAUAAGCCGCAGGGUGACCAGUGUGCGUCUCCGCGCUCGAAUGCUCUGGCCUGGAUUUCCUGUUUGGGAAUGAGGGAUGCUCGGUGUUGUCCGCACUCGAUUGCACGGCCUCGCUGCUGGCAGUGCUGUGAUUCAGAGCUCCGUUUGUUCUGGUGUAGCGCCCUCUUUCUCUGUGUGUGUUGGGAUUCCUGGCUGCACUGUGUCUAUCUGUCUUUAUUGCACGGAAUAAUCCGUCUAACAACAAGACGGCAGCAAGCGGCUCGCCCAUCAGGAGCAGCGGAGCUUUUAAACAGAACAAGGUGCUGGAGGGAGGAGGAGGAGUGCAGAGGCCCCUGGCUCGCCCGCCCGUGUGUAGUCUUGUAGUCUGCGGGCCCCAGGAGAUGCUCUGUGGGCCCCUCACUCUGGAGCUGCCUGCCUGACACCAUGGGCUGCACCUCAGCCAAGCACGUGUCCUCCGUGCCGAGUGAGGAGGAGGAGGAGGGGGGGGGCAAGGCCAAGGCCUACCAGAACGGGGAUGCCUUCGGAGACCAGUACAAGCUGAAGGCUGUGGAGGAGGUGAAAUACAUGAGGAGCGGAGAUGAAGAUGGAGUGACAGCACGCAACCAGGAGAACCUGGAGAAAAGUGCUUCUUCAAACCGGAGCAAAUCCCAGAAGGAUGGAGCGAAUUCACAGAGAGCCAAUAUCCACACAUCUGAGAGCCAACAAGAAUUCUUCCGAAUGCUGGAUGAAAAAAUCGAGAAGGGUCCAGACUACAGCUCUGAGGAGGAGAAGGACAUCACAUAGUGCUCUGGAGGGGACUGUGUGGGACGCUGCUGUAUAGAGACUGGCAGACAGGACCCCUUUUUAAUCCUAGCGGGGGGGGGGGUGGAGUCGGACAGCUGGGCCCUGCACCCCCCCCCCCUCGCUCUGGCUCUUUCCCGGCCGCUCCGUUUUUAAUCUGCUCUGUGGGUGGUCCCGGCCCGGACCCCCGCCUCCAGGAAGGAACUCUUUGCUUCUGUUGCAAAAAAACAACCUCCCAGCCCACAGGUCACAGGUCACAGGUCACGCUUCCACCCUGGGGAGGUCACUCGGGGCGUGUCUCAUAUGUCACCUUGGAAACGCAGAUACUCGGCUUCACCCCUUCCGACUCGCUGCUGGAACUCUGCUCCACACGGACUGGGAUUCCUUUUCUUUUCUAUUCAAAUAAAUACUCUGCUGUUUUUAA